GUGUGAGCCGCGGGGGACGGGCGGGAGCUGCGCGGACCCCGGGGGCGAGGCCAGGCAGGAGCGACGGUGCCCCGGGCGGCGCAGCGGGGGGCGGUUCCCCACCUCCCCCUGAGCGUGGACCGUAGGGAGGAGGGAGCCCAGGAUCCCCCCUUCCUCCGCCUCCUCCGCCUCCUCCUGGCUUUGCCUCAGCCAUUGCCCCUCUCUUCAGUCCCCCGGCGCCUCCCUCCGCCGCUGCCGCCCCCGGCUUUAUGUUACACAGAGGUACCCCUCUCCGCCGGUACAGCGGGAGGAGCUGCGUCUUCAGUGCCGCCGCUGCCGAGAGACUCCAUUUCUUCUGCUUGUGACUAGGAGCUUCAGACACCCUGAGGAAAGAAGGUUCUCCUUGUUUAGCAAGAAAAAGCAGUCUGGAACAGGGUUUUCAGACUUCUAUUACAGCUGCAGAAUAAAGAUGAGAAAUCAGUGUUCCAAGUUAUACCUUGUACAGAUCUACUGGAGCUUAUUUCCAAAUUUAAGGAAGUUUGGCUUCCUUUCUGAAACCUUUGAUAUUCAAGAGUGAUUCAUGGCAGGGGACGUGGAAGGGUUUAGCUCCUCCAUCCAUGACACCAGUGUCUCUGCUGGAUUCAGAGCACUGUAUGAGGAGGGAUUGCUUCUUGAUGUCACACUUGUCAUUGAAGACCACCAAUUUCAGGCCCAUAAAGCACUGCUUGCCACCCAGAGUGAUUACUUCAGGAUUAUGUUCACAGCUGAUAUGCGAGAACGAGAUCAGGACAAAAUCCAUUUGAAAGGUCUGACAGCUACAGGCUUCAGUCAUGUCCUCCAAUUCAUGUACUAUGGAACUAUUGAACUGAGUAUGAACACUGUUCAUGAAAUCCUUCAGGCUGCCAUGUAUGUCCAGCUUAUAGAGGUGGUAAAAUUUUGCUGCUCUUUUCUCUUAGCUAAAAUCUGCUUAGAAAACUGUGCAGAAAUUAUGAGACUUCUGGAUGAUUUUGGUGUAAACAUCGAAGGAGUCAGGGAAAAAUUGGAUUCCUUCCUGCUAGAGAAUUUCGUGCCACUCAUGUCCAGACCUGACUUCCUUUCAUAUCUGAGCUUUGAGAAGCUCAUGUCUUACUUGGAUAAUGACCAUCUGAGCAGGUUUCCAGAGAUAGAGCUGUAUGAAGCUGUUCAGGCCUGGCUGCGCCAUGAUAGAAGACGUUGGAGGCAUACGGACACCAUCAUUCAGAACAUCAGGUUUUGUUUGAUGACACCAUCCAGUGUUUUUGAGAAGGUAAAAACAUCAGAGUUUUAUCGAUACUCCCGGCAGCUGCGACAUGAGGUUGACCAAGCCAUGAAUUACUUUCAUAGCAUUCACCAACAGCCUUUGAUGGAAAUGAAAUCGAACAAAAUACGUUCUGCCAAACCCCAGACUGCAGUAUUUAGAGGAAUGAUAGGACACAGUAUGGUAAACAGUAAAAUUCUUCUCUUGCACAAACCAAGGGUCUGGUGGGAGCUAGAGGGUCCUCAAGUACCUUUACGACCAGACUGCCUUGCCAUUGUGAAUAACUUUGUGUUCCUGUUAGGUGGGGAAGAACUGGGGCCAGAUGGUGAGUUUCAUGCUUCGUCCAAAGUGUUUAGAUAUGACCCAAGACAGAACACUUGGUUACGAAUGGCAGACAUGUCCGUUCCACGUUCUGAGUUUGCUGUUGGAGUUAUUGGGAGGUAUGUUUAUGCAGUGGCUGGGAGAACCAGGGAUGAAACCUUUUACUCAACAGAACGCUAUGAUAUUACUGAAGAUAAAUGGGAAUUUGUGGAUCCCUAUCCAGUCAAUAAAUACGGACAUGAAGGGACUGUUCUUGGUAACAAGUUGUAUAUCACUGGUGGAAUUACAUCAUCUUCAACGUCUAAGCAAGUGUGUGUGUUUGAUCCUAGUAAAGAAGGGACAGUAGAACAGCGAACAAGGAGGACUCAAGUGGUCACUAACUGUUGGGAGAACAAAUGCAAAAUGAAUUAUGCAAGAUGCUUUCACAAAAUGAUUUCUUAUAAUGGUAAGCUUUAUGUCUUUGGUGGUGUCUGUGUGAUCCUGAGGGCCUCCUUUGAAUCUCAAGGAUGUCCUUCCACGGAGGUCUAUGACCCAGAUACUGAUCAGUGGACUAUACUGGCUUCUAUGCCAAUCGGUAGGAGUGGUCAUGGUGUAGCUGUGCUGGACAAACAGAUAAUGGUUCUUGGAGGCCUUUGUUACAAUGGUCAUUACAGUGAUUCAAUUCUCACCUUUGAUCCAGAGGAAAACAAAUGGAAAGAAGAUGAAUAUCCGAGGAUGCCGUGCAAGCUGGAUGGCUUACAAGUCUGCAGCCUGCACUUCCCUGAAUAUGUGUUGGAGCAUGUUAGACGUUGCAGCUAAACCAGAAAGAACAACCCAGUGAAAUACAAAAGGCUGUACCUAAUUUGUCAAAAAAUACAAACUAGUUGAAUUCCGUCAGAGACAUUACCUUGUGUGUAAGAACUGCUAAAUGCUUAAGAGCAUUUAGGAGGUACAGGGAGUUUACUUACCAAGUUUAUUAGAACAGCUGAUGGUUGGUCUGAUGUUGUAAAAGCUUUGUUUUUUUAACAAACAUAAUUGUAAGGGGAAAGAAAAAUAUAUUUUUGAGUGUGCUUUUUUUUUUUAAUAUGACCAUAAGACUUUCUUCUUAUUAUUCUUUUUUUUAAAUGUCCAUUACACCAUUGCGCUUCUGAAAUCAGUUGAAUUUAACAAAAUAUUUGUAGAAGAAAGAGGAGGAAGGCUUUAUUUUAAUUUUAUUGAGCCUCAAAAUAAAACUCAUCUGUACUAGGGUACAACCAAGUAUAAAAUAGCAAAACUAAACAAUUUCUCUAUUUUUAUGUUGUCUUCUGAAUGCUUUUCCCAUGAAUUGCAAAGUAUUCUCAAAUCUGUAGGUGUUUCUGUUUUCCCUUAUAUAUGUUGAAGAAUGAUCUCAAACUCUUUGCAUGACCUUUUUCCUGGUUUUGUAUAGAAGUACCAGUAAGUCUGCCAAAAUUCAAAUUACACAUUUUCUACUAAAUCGAAAACAAAGCAUUUUUAUAUUCAUACCACUGUUUCUAUGCUGCCUUCUAUUGUCUGCAUUAUGUUUGUUGGUGAGUAAAGAAUAUAUACACACAUGCAUACACUGUAAAAACUAUAUAUAAAUACAUCUUUUUAUGUGCAGUUACAAUAUUAUAUUUUAACUAGUGCACAGAUUCUGCCAUAUUGUUGUAUUUAAGGUAUAGUGCUAUCCUUUAAUGAGCUUAAUAAUUCAAAUUUCUUAAGUAACCGGAAGCCUCAUUUGGUUUCAAAGUAUCUUGUCUUUAAUAUGUACUGAUUGAUUCAGUAACUACUCUUUAUAUCAAUGCUCAUAAUGAACUGUCAGUAAUUUGCUGUUUUAUAAAUUAUUUUUUAAAAAGAAAACACAUCUUACCUGAUUUCUUUUAUGUUUGAAUGUGCUGCCCAGUUUUCUUUUUUUAUGAAGAUGGGAAAUGUCAAUAAGCAAAUGCUCCGCACUGCUUUGACCCACAGUUGUUUUCAGAGCUGGAUACACUACAGUUUAUUCUCAGUACUUCACUUGUAGUCAUACUUCGAUAGGAAUACUUUGUACUCAUAUUGAAGUGGUAUAAUUUAAUUUUUUUAAUAAUAUAGUUAUUAAUGGCUAUGAACUACUGUGGUUUGAAAAUGUGGAAUUAGGUGGUUGGAUCAUUAGUAUCAUUUCUGUUUCUUUUACAAAAAACCUACACAGCUAUAGCUACUGACCUCAGAGUGCCUGAAUCAAGAUGUGUGGUCCAUCCAGGAGGGCUUUGAAUAACUCCUUUAUUUUUGUCAACUUGCAGAUGUUACUGACUGUAGAAUGGUAAGAACUAUAAAUACAUUCUGUUUAUUUUAAAGUGUGUGAAAUCAGCCACUUCUAGACUCUAAAGGGAAGAUUUGGAGAAGUUCAACUAACUUGGGCACUUAGUUCAGAUGUGUAGGGACAAAAUGAUGCUGAAACAUGCACCUGCGUAUGUUGUAAAAUCUUAUACCACUGUGUUUCACGUGAAGCAGUAAGACUACUUUAUAUGCAGUGAUGAAGACCACUUUACUCAGCAUCUUCCAGUCAGAAAUCACUGUAGAAAAGGAAUGUACAGUACUCAGGGGGUUCAAAAGAAUGCACUUACAAAGGGACCAAAAUCACCCUGUAUUUCUUAUGUUAAAUGCAACACCUACCUGCCUAAACUAAGUUUGAAAUAGUCAAUAGGUGUUAAAACAACAUGUAAAAUUCUUCAUUCUUGUACUUUGAUAUUUUUGUAGUAAUUAUGUUCUGGGUUUAGAUGUAAGGAUUUGGAGCUAUAUGGCAAGUUGACAUUUAGGUUUUUUUAUUUAUUUAUUUUUUUAAUUAGAAAUGAUUUAUUGAUACAGUAUUUUCUUUCAGUAUGUUUCAACAGCAAGAGAGAUUGUAUGCCAUCAUAGUUUCAUCACUAGUGACUGGACCAAAUACUGAUAUUCAGCCUUCUUAUUCAGACUAGUUUGCAGUUUUCUCUUUUAAUCAAAUUUCAGUUUACUGAAUUAGAAAUCUAUUUUACUUUCUUACUUUAAUAGCUUAACUUAAAGCCAGUGAGGCUUACGCAAAAACCUCAGUUUCAUUGUGAGACUUUGUGUGUUCAUCAGCUGCAUGGCUGCAGAGAUGAACUGUCUCCAGUAGGUGCUGGCAGUGUGCAAGUGAAAAUGCUCUGCUGUACAUAGUUUAUGGAAUAUUGGGGCACAAGGAUAAAAACAAGCUUUUAAAAUUGUUUUUAUUCUCUUUGUCACCAGCUCAUUCCUCAGUAAGUUUUAUGAGGCAGCAAAAGCUAAUCCUGCCUGUGUAGGCUUUCAUGGACAUGUUAUGAAUAGUACAGAGAACUUUUAUCUAGGGCCAGUCUGGGGAGUGGACAUGGUUCUGGAUAUUUGGUCUUCCAUAAUUCAGGUGUAGUAGAGAGACAUGGCAAAGACUUCAUUAAAAAUAACGGUAAGGAUGGGGGUGUAUUAAGUUAUCAUUUUGAGUCUGCACUUAAGCACCUUCUGAAGUUCUAUCUGCUAAGCAGCUGGCACUGAAGUCACUGGUGAGUACUGACGCUUGAAACAUGAAGAACCAGGUCGUUUUGAGGUGCUCUGGUUUUAAGUUCAUAUUUAUCUUCAGGUGCUCAGCUCUGAAAGAUCUUGUUAAGAAUUGUAAUAGUAAUUAUUCUGUGACAUUCUAACUUGAACUCUUGAUUUCAGCUUCCCUGAAGUUGUGUCGCCAUUGAGAAGCUGGCUGUAAUCUUUCCAGCAAUAGGAAUGCUUGGAAUUUUGUUAGGUUUAGAAUUUGUGGAGGUAUGAGAGAAUUUUUUAAUUUACAUUUCUACCAUGCUUUUAUUGUUUCAAACAUGAAACAGAAAUUACCGUACGUUCUCUUUUCCAUGGCAGUGGAGUUUUUGAGGCAGUUUUGUUACUUAAUAUUAUCAGAAGGAUUUUUAUUUUUUUUAACAUAAAAUUCUGUUUUUGUUUGCUUUUAGUAUUUAGCUCCAGAUAAUUCAGUGUUUAGAUAAAAAUAAAAGUAAGCUAGCUAAUAAGAUUGGCCUGUUACUAUCAGAUUUUGAGCAUUAUGAUCAGAUUACAGUGGAUUUUUAAAACAUUUAAAUGCCUCUACUUUGUCAAGAAAAAGGUAAGCUACAAUCCUUGAUUAUUACGUUGGGGACGGUUCUUCUAUUCCUACCCCAGUCAUAACGGUAUACUGGCAAAUCUGAUCCCCUCAUAUUUAAUAUUUAACACAUGACCUGUUUUGAAACACCAAAUGUACUUGCAUUUUCAUAAAAAGGUGGACAUAGUGAGUUACACUCUAAGUUUGGGGUGGGUUUCUUGUUUGUUUGUUUGUUUGUUUUUAAUAUUUACAGCAAAAAUGUGUCAGCUUCCAAUUUUAAUUUAGUAAUGAGCUCCAGGGGAUAUUUUGUUUUCAAAUGAGCAAGAAUGGAUGAAGUGUGUAGUGCUCCUAUAAAGGGGUUGGACGCUGCCAGUUCCUGUUCCACAUGCUGCUCUAUCUGCUCUUAGGGGCAGAUAAUUUUGUUCAGAAUUCAAAAAUAGCCCAUUUUUCCUCACGAAGUGUUGGUACUAGUGGGAGGUACUAGGUGGCAAAAAAAACCCUUCUGAUUUUUUUUUUUUCCCCCAUUGAUUCAGUUGGAGGAAGGCAGUGCUCAAUUUUACAGACUGCUGUUUCAGAAAGCACUGCUAGCAAGGGGGGCGAGUGGUAGCAUGUGAUAUGCUGCUUUAGUAUGUUACUUGAUUUUGAAAAGUGUGGAUGCCCUACUUCCUGCACAGUCCUGUUACAACUAGCUCUGAGGGUUUGUGACUGUAAUAUUUCUCUGGUUUCUGAGAUUUGCAGCCAUUUUUUCUUGAGGACCUCCUGCCUUACAGACGCAAGUGAUAGGAUUUUUUGUGCUGAUAAUGUGGUAACUACUUCAGUCAGGAACGAAGCUUUGCUUGAUGCUCAGGAAGCAAAGGAUAAAAUUCAGCAGGUACAAAUUCAAAUCAGUUAAAAAAGACAAAUAUUGUUUAACUCAUUAUGUCCAUUCUUCUGCAAAACCAUUAUGGGGAGAUGCUAACAGCUUUUUAAAACUGAACUUCAAGCUGUGUCAGCAUUUAUGUGGCAAAGUCUUUUUAGAAGUAGUCACAUUUGUAGAGGUGUUUUGCGUUUUAAAUCUAUUUUUCCUUUUAAAAAAUUAAAUAGUGAAUUGUACCCCUGAUUCUUUUAACACUUUGGAUGUGUACUUCACAUAGGUGAACAGUCCAAUACAAAGAGAGUAGAAAACUAAAAGAUACUUAUAAGAAAACUUAAAAGCGCAAAUGUUACUAAACUUGUGCUUCAGUGUUAUGGGGCUGGGGGCAUCCAAGAAAACAUCUGUCCUGCUCUUCUUCCAUUAAUAAAUACAUAACUGGUGAAGUUACUUGAGUAAGUAUGGUCCUUCACAUGUGGCAGGGCUUGCUGAAGGAGUGGGAAAGAAUGUAACUGGAAAACGUGUGAUCUAUUUAAAACAAAGCUUACCAGUGUCCUGUAGCUAACUUUUUAAGAUUUAACAUUUGUAAACCAAUAUGAAGCUGCUUAAAAUGAAUACUAACGACUACUUUUGCAUCUGUAUUCUAUUUUUGAAAGUUGGUGAGUAAAGUUCCAGUUUGUGUGGAUAAACUUCAUAAAACGUAUGUAGCAGGUGGCAGAAAAACUGACCUAUUUUGAGCACAGCUUUCCUGGAUUUCCCUCUGCUAUGGGUUUGGUUUGUUUUUUUGUUUUUCACUUCCCAAAUUUCAAAUAAUGUUUAUAUCUUUUUAAAAGAACUUUCAAAGCUCAAUUUCAAGUACCUUUGAAGUAAUAUUAAGUUGGUGGCUGAGGGAAAACCACUUCUAUUUGCAGAUGGUAGUUUUUAUUUAUGGCUCUGGUAGAAAACCUUACUGUAAGUCUAGAAAAUAAAGUGUUACAUAGGACUGUAAAGUCAGCUAUUCUUAGGGGGCUUUUGUUACCUCAGUGGGACCCACCUAACUUUUAUGUCAGUUCUGGGAACAGGUGAAGGGAAGAGUGAGCUAUGUUUUUAUUUUAAAUAUUUUUCCCUAUAUAUUGUUAUUUUUGUAGGUCUUUUUAAAAUAAAUUAUUAUAUGCUGGAGAUUGAAAUUCCGCUAUAGUAUCCCACAUGAGCCCAGUGUACAAUAUCAGAUUGUUUGCAUUGAAAAGAAUGUAUUUGAUAAGUAUUUGAUAAGUUAAUGGAAAAAGUUAUUUUCAAACUGUACUGUGUUUGUGUUUAGCAAUUGGAAAUACUUUUCCUAUAGAAAAUUAAAAGUAUAUAUAUGACCUCAUGUACAUUUGGAUUAACUGUCUAAUGAUUACCCCAGGGCUGCUAUAAACUCCUCUGAAUAAUUUAAGAAUUGCCUCUUUUUAACUGUUUUAAUGCCUUUUUUCUUUUCUUGGCACAAAGUAAUUUUCCCUAGCUGUGGAGACAGUAUGCUCAGACUUGCAUAUACGCUCUGCUCGGGUUUCAGACUGAAAACUGUAUAAAAUGUGUAUAAAAGAAAGUGUAAAUAAAAUAUUUUUAAUCUUUAA